CAGAAGUGGACUCACAGACGAGAAGAAGCUCGUUGGGAGAGAUUUCAGCCUGAAGCUUUGACACAUAUUCUGACAUGGCUGCCUUACACGGUACAGAGCCAAGCCUGUCCCCUGUGGUUGUGCUGUUACUGGGCGAGAAACAAAGUGGCAAGAGCUCAGCAGGAAACACCAUCCUGGGUAGAAAAGCCUUUCACAAGAAAACAACUUGCAGCUCCAAGGAGAAUGGCACCAUCUUUGGAAGACAGGUGACGGUGGUGGACACCCCAGGGUGGCUGUCCCACUCCGCCACUCCAGACAGAGUGUCCCAGGAGCUCCGUAGAGGUCUGGUCUUCUGCAACGGAGAACCCCAUGCCAUCCUGCUGGUGCUGCCUAUCACCACCACCUUCAGCCAGGAAGGGUGGAGGGCGAUGGAGGCCCAAUUCAGACAGCUCCAAAUCCUCAUAUGGCAGCGAGCCAUGAUCCUCUUCACGCAUGGAGAUAAGUUAGGAGGCCUGUCUAUCCAGGAGCACAUAGAACGACAAGGCCAGACUCUUCACUGGCUGCUGGAGCGAUGUGGGAACAGGUACCAGGUUAUGACCAACCAGCCCAGGGCCUCAGAGGGUCAGGUUACAGAGCUCUUUGAGAAGAUCCAGAAGAUGAUCAAGGCUAACGAGCGUCCCAGGGAAAUCCAGUACAGGAUGUACACCCAGCUGAGACGAGAUGUGAGCAUGAAGGGAAGACAAGAGGAGCUAGAAAUGACAGUGAGGCAUGAUGUGCAUGACGGGAGGCCAAGACAAAUGAAGCAGAUAUCCUCAGGAUCGACAUACAUGCUCAGAGGAUUCCCAGCAGGGCCAGUUGGUCUUAAGCCUGCUAUUGGCCUCAUCUUGCUGGGAAGGAGAAAAUCAGGCAAGAGCUCAGCAGGCAAUAUGAUCCUGGACAGAGAAGAGUUUCAGACUGACAUUAAGACCACCAGGUGCUCUGUAGGCCACGGGGACGUGUCAAGGUGGUCUGUCACGGUGGUGGACACCCCUGGGUGGAGUCUGUUUGGUCUGGCCAAUCCUGAGCAGGUCCAGAGGGAGAUCAGUCAGAGCCCUUCUCUCUGUCCUGAGAGAAGCAAAGUGACGUUCCUGCUGGCUGUGCCAGUGGAUUCAUUCAGCAAGGAAGACAGGAAAGCUGUGGAGAGGUACCUCAGUGUUUUGGGGAACAAUGUGUGGUUAAACACUGUGGUAUUGUUCACCUACGGAGAAGAGCUGAGAGGAAAGACAAUAGAGAAACACAUAGAGGAGAAGGGGCAGUCUCUUCAGUGGGUGCUGGACAGAUGUGGCCACCGGCAUCAUGUGUUUCAUAUAAAAACAGGAGACAAAACUGAAGUAACUCAGCUACUGGAGAUGGUUGAGCAACUAUAG